AUGGAGCGUGCUGAUAGGUUAAAAUACCCAAAAUCUGGCUACAAAUUAAAGGCUAUCACAGGAUUCAGAGUAUACAAUUAUAAGCGUAACUAUACGCUAGGUGAUAGCGCCGCUGUUAUUCCGAAGGAGUUCCGCGAUAGUAUACAUAUUAUCAAUUUCCCCAAGACGAAUAAUAAAUGUGUCUUCCACUGUAUUGCUUACCACGGACUAGGAAUUGCAAAACAAAAUCCUAGAACGAUUCAAGUGCAUGUGAAAGCUGCUUUCAAGAAGUAUUGCGAGUUUAAAAACAUUGAAUACAGUCUCAGCCUGUUUCGUAGUUUUAAACCGAUUGAUAUCUUCCACUUUGACGAGCUUGAGGAGUGUUUCAAGCUUGCUAUCAAUGUAUACAGCAAGGAUGUAUCCAGCGGUGAAGUUAAAUGCGAGCGCGAAUCAGAGAAGGCGUACAACGUUCUAAACAUCCUAUCACACAGCAACCGCGCGUUGUACAUCAAUAAUAUGGAUAAGUUCAUGAGUAAAUAUUUAUGCUCAAAAUGUGAAAUGAUUUUUGCGACCUCUACGAAGCUGAACGACCAUCAAAAGAAUCAAUGUGAUAAAACAAAUAUUAUGUCAUUUGCUAAGCAACCAACGAUCUACCAGCCUGGCAAAAACUUUGCAUUUCAAAUGAUGCAGAAAUAUAAAGUUCACGACGCUACUCCUUAUAACGACCAUUUCAUCGUAUAUGACUUUGAAUCUAUCUUGAAGCCAACUAACAUUCAGUCAGGAGAGAAUACUGUCUUCAUGAAUGAGCAUAUUCCUGUCAGUGUUUCAAUUCUUAAUACGUUGACGAAUUCAUAUUUCUGUAUUGUAGAAGAAACCCUACCUCCAGAAUAG